AACACUGGUGGUUCAAACGUCAAAUCAACGAAACCGAAACAAACAAAAACAGCAAGUAAUUAAAAUUGUAGGUUUGAAUUAAAAAUGUCUGCUACGAAAUCUGAGAAAGACCUUCAUUUACCAUUGUCUAGAGUUAAGACGAUUAUGAAAAGCUCUCCAGACGUAGAUGCGGUUGGACCGGAACCAUUAUAUUUAGUUACUAAAGUGACAGAGAUGUUUGUUACGGACUUAGCUAAAAGAGCGCACAAAAAUACAAAAGGAAAUAUGUUAGAGUACAAACAUAUAGCUGAGGUUGUGCAAGAAGAUGAUACGUUAGAUUUUCUACGAGAAAUAGUGCCUAGAAAAAUCACUGUCCGGGAGUACAAAGAAUUAAUGGCACGGAAAGCAGCUCGGGGAGAUAGAUCUGAUGAGUCGAGUGAGGAAUCUAGCGAGGCGGAGAGUAGUGAUGGAAGUUCAAGUGGUGUAGAAAUCAUAGAAUAGUUGGAAUGGGAAAAAACAUAUAAAUUGAUAAUUUUCUACAAUCCCACCUUAAGAUAUAUGCAUUUAAGGAAAUAAGAUUUAAAACAGAACAUGUUUUAUGAAAUACAUGACUGGAAAACUCGGAGAGACCUUUUUCUACAGCUAGCUAAAGCAUAAUAUGUUUAACAAGCUUGGUUUAAAAAUAUUUUUUUUUCUGUAUAUUGUUACCUAAGCUGUAUGAAGGACAAAGUAUGCAUUUAACUGAAACCAACAAAACCACAUUUUUUGUUAGAGUUAGGCGAUGUUGUAGUGAAUUUACCUGACAAGAUGCUUAAUAAUAGGAAAUUUGACUGUGAAAAUAUUUGCCUUCUUUCUUUUCUU